GCGCGGAGAGAGCCCGCCUUUCCCGGCUCAGACAUGAGCUCCCGAAAAGUCCUCGCCCUGCAGGCGCGCAAGAAGCGGCCGAGAGGCAAGAAGGAGAAGCUGCUGAAAAAGCCUGAGCCUAAGAGAACCCAUCCUCCCCCUACGGAUCCUGAGCCGCAAGAACCAGAGGAGGAAAUUCUGGGAUCUGAUGAUGAAGAGCAGGAGGAUCCCAGUGAUUAUUGUAAAGGUGGCUACCAUCAUGUCAAAAUUGGAGAUCUUUUUAAUGGAAGAUACCACGUAAUUCGAAAACUAGGAUGGGGGCAUUUUUCUACGGUCUGGUUAUGCUGGGAUAUUCAGGGCAAAAGGUUUGUUGCCAUGAAGGUUGUGAAAAGUGCUGAGCAUUAUACCGAAACUGCUCUUGAUGAAAUCAAGCUACUGAAAUCGGUUCGCAACAGUGACCCCUGUGACCCAAAUAAAGAGAUGGUCGUUCAACUGUUGGAUGACUUCAAAAUUUCAGGAGUCAACGGAACGCAUGUCUGUAUGGUGUUCGAGGUCCUCGGCCACCACCUUUUGAAGUGGAUCAUCAAGUCGAACUACCAGGGACUUCCUAUUAGUUGUGUCAAGAGCAUCAUUCGGCAAGUUCUCCAGGGCCUGGAUUAUCUACAUUCCAAAUGUAAGAUCAUCCACACAGACAUUAAGCCAGAGAACAUCUUGCUGUGUGUGAAUGAGGCCUAUAUUCGGCGUCUGGCUGCAGAAGCAACUGAAUGGCAAAAGGCUGGUGCUCCUCCACCUUCUGGCUCUGCAGUGAGUACUGCACCACAACCCAAACCUGUUGGGAAAAUGUCUAAAAACAAGAAGAAGAAGCUAAAGAAAAAGCAGAAGCGCCAAGCGGAGUUAUUGGAGAAGAGGAUGCAAGAAAUCGAGGAGAUGGAGCGAGGAGCAGGAAAUACAGAUAAGGAGCGAGGACUAGAGGAGGACGAGGAUGAUGGAGUGGUAGAAAAUGAGCAAGAGACCCAGCAAGCUAGCUUAGAGAAAGAGGAAGAAAAUGUGGACAACGCACCCAAUGAAAAACAAGAUAAUGAUACACCAGAAGAAAAAGAGCAAGAACAUUUAAAAGAUGCCACUACGGAAAAAAUAAAUAUUGAAUCGAUAACUUGCAAUGGACAUGUAGAAGUUGGGCCACUCCCCGAUCAGUUUAAUAAUGGAGAAGAAAAAGAGAAAGAUGUAAAUCAAAAUACAAGUGAUUAUAAACCUGAAGAAUCCUACAAAGAUGGAGAUGUUUCUUUUCCAUGCGCUUACGACAUGUUUAACGGACUUCUAGAAAAUGGACAGAACCAAAGCAAUCAGAGUAAUUUCUCCGAAACCUGUGGACCUUUAAUCACUGGGAUGCUUGAAUCUAUGACCUGUAACUUGAACCCAGCUGAUGAUGGAAAUAAAUUGGAUGAGAAUGAGGAGCCACAGCAGAACCGAAGUCGGGAAGAAUCUGUGUCCAGCUCUGGAGACAAUGGAAAAACAGAUGCUGCCAGCUUGCUUAUAAAUCCUCUGGACCCUAUGAAUGCAGAGGGAAUCCAAGUUAAGAUUGCAGACCUUGGAAAUGCUUGCUGGGUUCACAAACACUUUACUGAGGACAUCCAGACGAGGCAAUAUCGGUCACUGGAGGUUCUGAUUGGUGCUGGAUAUAGCACACCUGCAGAUAUCUGGAGCACUGCUUGUAUGGCAUUUGAACUUGCAACUGGAGAUUAUUUGUUUGAGCCCCAUUCUGGUGAAGAUUAUUCUCGAGAUGAAGAUCAUAUUGCCUUGAUAAUUGAAUUACUGGGGAAAAUGCCUCGCAAGCUCAUUCUCGCCGGGAAAUACUCCAAGGAAUUUUUCACCAAGAAAGGUGAACUAAGGCAUAUCACAAAGCUAAAACCAUGGGGUCUCUAUGAGGUGCUGGUGGAGAAAUAUGAAUGGCCCCAGGAGGAAGCUGCAACAUUCUCAGAGUUCCUGUUACCAAUGCUGGAACUAAUCCCAGAGAAGCGAGCUACUGCAUCGGAAUGUCUCAGACACCCAUGGAUCAAUUCAUAGCAACCAAAUUCAUUGCUCUGCCCUCAGCUCAAUACAGCACAGGUUCCUUCUCUUGAACAGAUACAAAUAUAUCUGUAAAGGUUGCUUCAAUCUUUAGGCAGAAUUUACAAACGUUUAGUUUAAAAAAAAAGCGGGGAGGGGGGGAUGUAAGGACUUGGAUUGCAGAGAAAUAUGUGCAGUUAUUAAAAGCUGCAGUUUGUUAGCUGCUAAUGAAAAAUAAUUUUAGACUACAUUCAACGGUUGUGCUGUUCAUAACAUCUUGACAGAGUGCGAGUAUAAACUAUUUCAAAACCCAAUCUGAAAUGUUUGCCGAAGAACUGUAAUAUUUGCAAACAUCUGCAUAAUGAAACUAGAGGCAACAUAAGAUCAAACGUACCUUAUACUCGUACCAAAGAGUUAAGCUAGCUGUGUUUUUCGUAUUUCAGUACAUUGACCAUUAAAUUGGAGAUUAACUAGUAAAUUAACUGCUUUUUGCUUUGGAAUGCCCUGUGGCCCAGUCUCAUGCUUUCUACAGUAGUUAAGCCUGCUUACAAUCCAUCCAGGCUAUGCACUAGGCGUUUAUGUUCCUGUUGUCUGUAGGUGGGUUGAUAGCUGAGUAACCAAAGUAGUUGAGUAUAUUUCCUGUGUAUUCACACUUACCAGCUUUACCGACUGCCAUUCCUGGAACAGCACCUUAGAAGAAGGCAUUCUGUCAGUGACUGUUAAGCGCUUAAGAAUAACUGAAAUUUAUUGUUGGAAGAACUGCACGAUAUAGUGGGAAACAAAUUCCAUUUCAUUUGUCCUCUCUUUUGUGUGUUUAUUUACUCCAGGUCUUAGCAAUGUAACAUUGUAUUUAAAUAUUACUGUUUAUAUUGAAGUUGUCCCAUUUUGUGUUCUGUGUAACAUCUGUCCAAACAUCUGUUUAAAAUCUACUUGAGAGCAUAUUCCAGGAAGACCGACUGGAAUGAAUCAUUUUGGUCGUGUGUUUUACUACAUUGCAAUGUGGCUUGUUUACCUAAAUUUUAAGGCAAUAAAAUUAUCUUUUUUUUGCGCAUUUACCUUCAUGUACGUUAAAGGAAGUUGAAUUUGUAAAUAAAUAUUUUCACUAUCCUUAGAAGUACUGAAAUGUUCAAAUUCUAUUGGAAGGGAUGGUGGUCAGAAGCUGCCAGGGAAAUGGCUACUUACUCUUUUUUUUAAAAAAGUUAAAAUACUCGGCUUUCAAGUAGGAUUGUAUUACAUCUCGUCCACGUGCAUUGGCUCAGUAGAAAGGGACAGUACCGUUUUUAGUUGAUAGUUAACUUUCAAAUUUGCUGCCUAAAUGUUGAUGAAAGAUCCCUUAAACCGUGCUUUCAACCAUAGUUUGCACAGCCUUUUACUGUACACAUAACACAAAAUGGGAACCUAUAGAACAAGUAUUGAAGAAAAACCUGUUCUAUUUACUCAGCAUUUUUUUAAAAACCUCGAUUAAUGAGUAAGUACAAGAAAGUACAAAGUUGUACAGGCUGAAAGGAAGUGAAGUAUGUCACAAGUGGAAGUCUUCUGUAGCUGUGAACUACUACUGUGUGACGAUCGGUGAAUUAAUGGUCACAUAAUGGUGCAAAGUAACAACUGUGAAAAAUUGAAAGGUGGGAAUCAAAUCAACUAUAAUUUCACAUUGUGUUAAUUUCCCCAGAGGUUGCGGCAGUGCAUGGUAAAAUGCCAUGUCUUGCCCUGCCGGUCCUUGCUUUUCAAUGAGUUUUGUACGCACCCGCUGUUCCUUUCUUUCACCACCCAAUUGUAAUGUCAACAGUAUCCCUUGCCUGUCUGGUUCUCGUUCUCUUAAAGGAUAAGCAUUGAUCAUUCAAUAUCUUUGUGCAAGAAACCAUUGUUUUAUCACUUACACAUAUAUUUGAAGCCUUUGAGCAUUCUACCAUUUUCUAGUUCCCAUUAGUGUUCAUUAAAAUGACAUUAGGACUAGCUAUUAAAAUUGAAUACUUGUUGACUGCAUAUGCCGCCUGUUUAAACCGUUUUAAUUUCUAGGAAAUGUUGGCCGCAGAACAGAGCAAGGAGUCUGAUUUUUGAUGUCCAAUGCAGCAUUGGAAAAAAACUGGCUCUACUUUCACUGAAGCUGCUGCUGGUAUACAGGCUUUAGUUCUAGACCUAUCUGGUUUGUAUGUGGCAUUUUUUCCCAAGGAAUUGUAUAGGAGAAUGACCUUGAUAUAUUGACCAAGGUCAUGAAGGAAAUUCUUUGAAAUCUGGGCCCUUUCAUAAUUAGCCUGUUUAAACUGGUAUAAAUUUUAUCUUUUCAACUUUGCAGAUGCUUUAAUUAUGGCCCAUCUAGCGUAAUAAAAGUUGUUCUUGCUUGUCCUGCUGUGGGUCAAGAAGACGAGUCAUUUGUUACACCGGGUGUCUGGCUGCAUUUGGUCCGGUUUGAUUAAUCAAAUCAAGUUAGCUUUUAUAUGCUACCAUAUACACUUAGUAUAGUAUUGGUUACACAUAUUUUGAUCUACUUAUCUCCUAUCACAUUAGUUGUAAAUUGUAUUGUGGGUGCAUUUUAAUACGUUAUUUUGGCUAAGUUUUUUUNGUGUGUGGUGCUUGCAUGUAGAUUCAAUUUUACUUCUUGUCUUGUGAUGAUUAAGAGCAUUGUUGAAAGGGGAACUGCUCAUUAUCUCUGUGGUGAAAAUCAAAAGCGUUCUAAAUAGGAUAAGGGAUUUUUAUUCACCAAAAGGCGUCUUAAGUCUUUUCAAGGGUUAGGUGUGCCUUUGAUUUCAGCCAGUAUGGAUUACAUUAUACAGCAACCUGCAUCGAGAUAACCUCAUUCAAGAUUGAGAGUUUAACCAAAGGUGAGUGAAUGCCAGUUAUUAGUGUGUUCCAACAAACAAAGCUGCAGUUUUUGUACAAUCCACAAAAUCAUAGAACUCUUUAGUGAUCUAUGUAUUAUCAAGCUGCGUUGUUGUGUAAAGCACAUUUUGUACUGCAAAACUUUCAUGGCAUUCACACUUCAGGAAAUGUAUUGCAUUUAAUUGAUCAUAUUGACAUUAGACAUUAAACAAGAGACGUAGUUUCAUGACAGUCCCAUCUCCUGGAAGAAGUAACAACAAGCAACUUCUCUGGCCUGAAGAUUUACAACAAACUUAGUGUACAAAUCAAUGGACCAAAAUAAAUCUCCCUCAAUACUCAACCAGAAAUGUUCACAAAUAAUGGUGCUCAGAGUUACAAAAGGUUUUUGCUCCCCAUUAGUUCACCAAACAAUGACAUUGGGAAUCUAAUUUAUUGUGCAACUAGUAAUUUGAAUUCAACUCUUCCAUCAUAUUAACUUUAUAAGGUGCCACUUGUUGUGUUCACAACGCAACAGAAGUAACAAUUGUUUUUAAUAAGGUGCGUGCAAGGAAACAAAAAACAUAUUUACCAUUGGGAACUAAAUUCCUGAAUGAAAAGUAUACUGUUUUAAUCUUCCGAUGGAUUAAAAAUCAGUUUUGGGAGGAAAAAACGCCACCUUUGAUGCCCUUGGCGAACGUUGUACUGUAUUUUAGUUUGUACAUUUUGCCAGUUCACUGCACCACUGCAUGAAAGUUGCCAUAUUUACCAGUAAAAUACUGAUUUUGCUUUGAGUUGUGCCAACCAGUUUUUGAUGUAUUUUUGUUUAAACUAUUGUUUUUCAUCUGAUAGAGCUCUGGCAAUCUUAAAUUAUGGGAUGGCUUCUCAAAAGGCAUUCAAUACAUUUCAUUGUUGCAGCAAGCAAUGUGCCCCAAAUGUAAGAAAAACUUUCUAGCGACGGAAAAGUUGUACAAGCAUUAUUUAAGUGUUUGGAUUAUUUACCACAACUUUAUACUUGCAGUACAAUACACAACAAAUUAUAAUACAGAUUUACGAUUUAUAGGAUCUUUCAUGUCGGGAAGUUGUCCCGUUGCCUGUUUUGUGUAACGUAGUUGCAGAAAUGUUAAAUAUUAGCCGGUGUUGGUGAUGCACAAAGAAGAGUUUAAGAUUUAUGACUUCUCAAAUGUAAUGCCGGGAUAAGUAUUUAUUACUGUCCAUAUGAACUUCUGAAAAUAGGCCAAGUAGUUAUUAUAGUUCCAAUUGCUACUUAAACGUAGACUGUUCCAGUGACAAGUCCACAAAUAACUGCUUUAAUAGCUAUUCUGUCUUUACACAAGUAACUUGUUGAAUAUUUACAACACAAAAGAACUUCCACUAACUACUGAGCAGAUUGUUACAUACCAAUUUUGACUAUAUUGACUAGUUAAUUGCUUUCUCCUGUCCUCAUCCCAGUACUGUAUUUUUCUGGUGUAUUUGUUUGUCAACACUGAUUUUUCAGAUGCGCUACGUGUAGUAGAUACUAUAAAGAUCAAAGAAUAUAGUUGCAGGAAAGUGCCUGCUGCGUCAAAUUUCACCAUUUCUAAAAUAAAAACACACACAAUACGGAUGACUUUUAAAAAUGAUUGAUGGUAAUUCAGGUUGCCAACCUCUAAAAUUGUUUGCGUGGAACAUAAUUGAGUUGAACUGUGCUUGUGAUAUUUCCAAUUUCUCUGUAUGUUACAUAGAUCAGAAAAUAGCCAACAGUCUUCCUUCUUCUAAAAUCUGUUCUUCUUUUGGACCGAACAUCGAGUUUUAUCCCUUCUGCUACACACUGUCUCUAGGUGUUGCAUUUAUGGAAUAAACUGUGUUUAAUAAACUUGAGCAUUUUUUUUAAACCA